CGUUUGGGGGCCAAACAGAAAACCAGACUUCCUUACCUGGCCGAUAGCCCCUGAGCCCCACCGCCUUUCGGGCUAAUAGGGUGUGACCGGCUAUAACUUGCCCAGCAAACCCCCUUCGACCGCCUGGCCCGCCCGCGCUCGGUCUUUUGUGCAUCGGACAACUGCAACUCGACUUCAGCGUCAAACGCUCGCUCUUUUCCCACAUGUCCACAACGGCCAGGUAGCACCAAAGACACGCGAAACAAUGUCGACAGAGAAUGGAGGUCGGGCCACAUCGACGAGCCCGGGACGUGGCCAAGUCCCGGCCCGCAAGCGCCGAAGACCUGCCCUAUCGUGCGAGCAAUGUCGCAACCGCAAAGUUAAAUGUGAUCGCAACUUCCCUUCCUGUGACCGCUGCAUUCGGAUGGAUCAGGCCCAUGCUUGUGCUUACAGCAACGACGUCUUCUCGCGUAUGGGAAGGAAACGCGCCAGUCCUCAAAAUGCCGAAUCUGACCACGCUUCUGCGCCAAAUAACCGCUCGAGAUUGCUACCACAACAAGCAGGAGCAUCUCCGCUUUACAGGCCAAGGCAAGGGACAACCAAUCCAGCAACGGCAGAGAGCCUUGCGAGGCCAAUUCCAGCAGCGACAGACAAUCUUUUAGAGGGGCUCCCUGAUACUGAUGCAGCUGUUGCGGGAGAGACUUCGACCCAAGUUACUAGACGUUCCAUAAGGAGCGUACGAAGCAUUUCAUCUUGUAUCGGUGGAUCUAUGUACUUUGAGGGGAGAGAUUCCCAAACAAGGUUCUUUGGUCAGACGAAUCCUAUGAAUAUGUACAGCCAGUUUGGAGAACUUCGUGCAUAUAUCAAAGAGAUCAAAUCCGAAAACCCUACACUCAUCAAUCUACGCACAGAGUUUGAGGCUUUCCAACGUGAUCGCAAGAAGGGGGUCAGUGAUGGUCGCUCCUUAGAUGGCCUGGUUCCUCCCCGCCAGACCGCCGACGAACUUGUCGCCCUUUACCUCGAUUACUUUGAGCCAACCCACCGCGUCCUACACAAACCCUCAUUCCGAAGGGAGUAUGCGAGGUAUUGGGGAAGUCCAGAGAGUGCGUCGCCGGGAUUCGUAGCGCAGCUGUUGGCAAUGAUGGCAGCUGUGCUUGUCAUGCACAACUCGAGCGCCGUGGGAUCUUCCGGUAUUGGACCUGCGGUUCGGGAGACCGCGCGUGAGUGGGUGAAUGCUGCAGAGUCGUUCCUACAGAGACAUACAAAGCGGCCAGAUCUGAGGAUUUUUCAGAUCUGCUGCCUGUCGAUCGUGUCGAGGAGGCUCAACGGGCUAUCGGAGAAUCAAGCAUGGAUCGCCACAGGUAGCCUGGUCAAAAUGGCCAUGUCCGCUGGCUACCACAGGGAACCCAGGGAUUUGGCUAAGGUCUCUCCAUUCUACCUUGAGAUGCGAAGGCGGAUAUGGGCAACCAUAGUCGAAUUGGACCUUCAGGCUUCUAUCGACCGUGGGAUGCUCCCUUCGGUAAGAGAGGGAGAUUUCAAUACAACACCGCCCAUGAAUCUGAGCGACGACUCCAUUGACGAGACGGUUUCAGACUUGCCGACGUCAGAACCUCUUGAAGUGGUUACUGAUUCGGCGUUCCAGGCCGCCUUGACCACGUCCCUUUCGCUCCGGUUAAGAAUCUGUGCAUGGGCUAACAGUGCAAAUAUUGAACUGGAUUACGAGGACGCCCUGAACAUGGACGAAGAACUGUCACGACACCUAAAUAGCAUGCCGGUGUGGAGCUGCCCUACUGCAGACGAUGCAAGCAACCAGCAGAGCCCUCAUGCACGAGUACUUCUCCAGCUAGUACUGCGCCAGUAUGUAAUCCUCUUGCACACACCAUUCGCGUCACUGGGGCAACAUAUAUCCAAAUACGCACACUCAAGACGAGUACGCCUCGAAACCGCGACCACCAUUCUCUGUCAGUGUCAGGAUAUCCUGCAGCCCAGUACCAGCAACAUGAUACGAUGUAUCGUGCCAAGCGGUACUAUCCAGGCUGCAUUGGCAGUAUGCCACGAGUUGUAUAUGAGCGAUGCUGGAUACGCUUCCCCGCACAUCUUACGGACAGUGCCCGCCUUUGCCGAGUCUCUAAUAGGCCUUGCCGAAACAGCGUUGACCGCUAUUGAAACACAACUGUACAUGAUUGGCAAAAAGGCGUCAGAGUUUUAUCUCUUGACAAUGGUCCUGUCGCUACUGAAAGCAAGGCUUUGGCCAACCACGGAGGAGGCCAGUCGAUCAAAAGCGGUGGAGCAGAUUCUGAGGAUCGGUCAGCGGUUAUACGCCUGGCAGAUGCAGGCCGAGGCCGAGAAGACCCUGCGCCGAAAAAUACCGCAACCGGCCAUCAGCACGCCUCAUCCCCCGGGAUAUUGCACCGCUGAGGCAACGACGAACGCAUUGGCACAACAGGGACCUUCCACUACCUUCCAGACAAACGAAGAUUUCGGGAUUCUCGACGCAGAGCUCGACGAGGAUGUUUUUGGCGCUUGGAAUGUGGAAGAUCUCUUUGACUUCUGAGGUUGAAGAAUGGACAGCUGUGGGCGAAUAUAUUUUCCUGCGAAGGCUAUCACUACUCCCUUGAGAUGACCCUAGUUCUGUCUGUCCAACCCGGGCAAACAACUCCGCAGACGCUUGAGAACCGCGUCAAGAGGUCAAAGAAUUUUACUCGGCCCGUCGGCCUAUUCCAAAAACACCGCUCCAGGCUAAGCUCGGUGUUUUCGAAGAUAAGAAGACCGAGCAAAUAGCGUUCGGAUCAGGAGGGACGUCCAUCUAAUCUAAUCUGUGUCCGUCAAGACCCCCUUGAUCUCUUCUUGUUCUCCAGG